CAUUCUGGGACACGACAGACGUCAUGGUUUCCAGCGGCUGCAGCAGAAAAUGGAAGAGUCAUGUUUGUUACGUGUUAUUUGCUUUAUAGCGUCUCUGUGGGGAUAUUUUUAACGAUACGUAUCAAAUUCUCCAAUAAGGAAUAAAACGUACUUAGCGGCUCCGUCUUGAAUGGAUGCAGGGGUGUAAAAAACGCGCGCAACAAUUCUUUUAGCUAGCUACUUACCAUUAGUAAGCUAAACGAGGCUAGCUUUCAACUGAACGACAGAAACACACUGAUUAGAAGAAGGCACUUGAGUAAAAGGGUAUGGCUUGGAUUUGAUUGGGACCUUGCUGGGAAUGAUAGACGGUUCUGAUGGUGUGGAAAUGCCCUCCUUUGACCCAAGUCUGAAUUGUCAACCAAAGAAGAGACUGAAUUUUUGUGAUGACAGAAAUGAACCCAUGAGGAAAAUGCCUGUGACAAGACUUGGUUUCAGACCACAAUUCGAGGCUGUUCAUUUUGUCCGUGGAGGUUGCAGUGGAAGACCUUGUGCUGCUGAGAAGGAGAAUGACAAGGAACACAGGAGGCGUGAGACGGAUAGUGUGAGACAGUGGGACUCUGAACACCCUGCCUACAGCAGGAGUAAAAGACAAAGUUCCUUCAUGAGGUCCUGUUAUGACAGAGUGCCAUCACAGAGUUCUGGUUCUUGGGGUUUGCACAGAGACGGACAGGUAUCUUCAGGUGGUGUGAGUGGGUUGGGUUAUGGAGUUUGCAGAGCUAACUCAAACUUUUUGGCAAAAACGCAGCAUGACUAUAAAACUAAAUAUGAAGCACACAACUCCAGAAGUUUAGAUUCAUAUCAUCAGCCCCAUAUGUACAAUGCAUAUGGUGGGGGCAACAGAUCAGACUGGGUUUCAGGACGUCGGGGUUUGGGCUAUAGGAAUCAAGCUCGGCCAUUAAAGAGCCGGCCUUUCAGCAGAGCCUUUAGCCGCCCAGGCAGGAACACUCCUGCCACUUUCCAGACAGAUCCUUCAAUGGGAUCUCUAAGUUUUUCUAAAUCAACAUUGGAUGGGAAAAAACAGCUCAUUGCAAAUGUGGCGUCUAUGUUGGCUUCUUCUUUUAAAGACCCCAUGUCUGUGACUGGUACUGAGGCCCCAAGCUAUAAUUUCAUGUUGAGCCGCAGCAUCCAGGCUUGUAAAACUAAUCCUGAGUAUAUCUAUGUCAACCUUAAGGACAUUCCUCAGACUGACCUACCGAGGAACAGGAAAGUACCAACCGAUGGCUAUGCCUGUGAGCUUAGAUGUCAGGGUGUAUAUCUUGCUACUGCAUACUCGGGCAGCAAAAACGGAGCGAGAGACCGUGCCUCUGAACAGGCUGUUAAACUCUUGCUGAAACCAGUGGAAGUUCAUGUUGUGCAGCGCCGUUACAAACACUCAGUUAUUAAUGACAUGGUUGUGUGCCAGAUCACCAACCCUAACCCAGAAUUCGUCCCUGCACUAUGUAACCCAGAGGAUAAAGUGACACAGAGUUCUAAUGGUCAGUAUGAGAUUGACAAAAGGAAACACUGGACUGAGUUUGUUAUUGUGGAUAAUGCUCAUGAUGCCAUUUGCAUUCUCAAUAAUUCUGCUGCAGUGAAUCACAUGAAAAUUGAAUAUGAAUUCAACGAGCAGCCAAACAGCAAUGCUUGGCUGUGUAGCGUCUUUCUGCAGGAUGAGAUGGUGGCACAAGCAACGGGCAAUAAAAAGAGCUCAAAGCAUGCGGCAGCUCAAGAGGCGCUAAAGAAGCUUCGUGCAAACCAGGCUAAACAGCAGCAGCAUCAGUUAGGCUAUUUCAGAGAUGGCAACAACAAAUCAGAGGUUUCCGCUGGAUUCUUUGGGCAGCAGGGGAGCAGGAAGAAGCAUCUGAGUGAGUUGGUUAUCCUGGAAAACUCAGACAAUGCCAUUUGUAUCAUUAAUGACACUGCUCAGUUUAACAAAGUGACCGCUGAUUACAAGUUCAUGGUUUUGCCUGAUCAUAACUGGAGGUGUGAAGUGUACUUGGAAGGACAGUUUGUAGCAGCAGGUGUGGGCCCCAAGAAAACAGUCAAACACAUUGCAGCAGAACAGGCUCUAGCUACCUUGAAGCAGACACAGGCUGUGGUGAAAUCCAACUUAAGAAUGGAGGGUCAAAGUGACGCAAUAUCACGGUCCCAGAUCCUGGCUCGCUCUGGGGACGAGGCUUUAAAUCAGGAAAUAAAGGAAGACAACAUCGGAAACCAGCUGCUACGCAAGAUGGGCUGGAAGGGUGGUGGUUUGGGCCGAGAAGGUGAUGGGAUAGCUGAACCAAUCAGAGUCAAGGAACAGUGUUCCAGAAAAGGAUUGGGUAUGGACACAGACAAAAUGGGGAAACAGCUCACCAAGCAUGAUAUUGAGGACAUAAUUCAUAAUUAUGCCUGUUCAGAAAGUCAGAAUGAUCUCCGGUUCUCUACUGAUCUCACUGAUGACGAACGCAAACAGAUCCACCUAAUAUCUCGGCGAUACGGUCUACGAAGCAAGUCUUAUGGUCAGGGAAGGAAAGUGUUCCUUAUUGUUCGUCGCAAAGUACACAAGGACCAGCUGAUCGGUCAGCUUUUACAAGAGGGACAGGUGGGACGAUAUGAGCUUGUCAAACCUCAAGCCACUGAUUGAUUUCCUUGGACUUGGGAACAAAUUGCACUGAAGUGUAACUGAUGUAGACGUGAGUUAUAAAUACAUUUGGAAUCCUGGCAAAAAUGGUGUCAUCUUCUGCCAUUUCUCAAUUUCCCUUGGUUUUGGAGUUGCACUAGUUCAUGUUAAAUGUUUUGUGGUGUUGCGCUGGUAUUAUGCUGACGUUAAGAUUAGGCUUUUGUCAGUGUUCUUCACAUAUAGUAUUUUGCAGCAUUUCAUUUAAUAUCUGAAACAUUGACACAUGAAAUAAGAAGGGCAAUACUUACCCUAUUCUGCAACGCCAAGCAUCAAACCUGUCUGAAGUCUAAGUAAAGUAUCAUUGAGUAUGUACAA